AUGCUUGAAGUAUUCGAUGAUUCUAAGACGUUCGUAGACAUGAAAAUGAAUUUAUCAUCUGAAGAAAUAAAAAAGAAAUUCGAAGAGAAGAUGGAAUCUUGGAAAUAUAACGCGACCAUAGAUAAUGUGAAGGAGUUCGUCAAUACAUUUUUUGAUAAAGAAGGUUCUGAAUUUGAAAAAUGGAUUCCCACUGAUUUUAUCAGUGAACCAAAAGUUUUUAACAGUAUUAAGGACGUACAAUUAAAAAAUUGGGCAAAAAAUAUAACUACAAUAUGGCUAGAUCUUGGUAGAAAGAUUAAAGAUGACGUACGCUCACAUCCAGAGUACUAUUCAAUUAUUUAUCUUCCUAAUCCUUUUAUAAUACCAGGUGGUAGAUUCCGGGAAGUUUAUUAUUGGGAUUCAUACUGGAUUAUUAGAGGGCUAUUAAUAUGCGAAAUGCAUAAUACCGCCAAAGGUAUGAUAUCCAAUUAUAUAUCUAUGAUACAAACGUUUGGACAUGUACCGAACGGUGGUCGAAUUUAUUAUAUUCAAAGAUCUCAACCCCCUAUGACUAUACCUAUGGUAAAAAGUUAUGUAGAAUCCACAAAUGAUAUGGAAUUUGUAAUUGAAAUUAUUCAAUAUUUGGAAGUGGAAUUCAACUAUUGGAUUACUCAGCACAAUGUAACAAUUAAUAAAUAUGGAAGAAAUUACACGCUUGCAGUGUACAAGGAUAAUUCAACAGGACCACGACCAGAAUCGUACAGGGAAGAUAUUAAGGCAGCAGAAAACUUUACAACUGAAAAUGACAAAGAAAAUUUUUAUUCAGAGAUCAAGGCGGCAGCUGAAUCAGGUUGGGACUUUUCUAGUCGCUGGUUCAUCCUCAACGGAACGAAUAAAGGAAACAUUACACAUACAAAAACUAGAUCAAUAGUCCCGGUAGAGUUGAACGCAUUAAUCUUUUGGAAUGCGAAGAUAUUGAGUGAUUUCUACCGGGAAUUGAAUAAUACCAUCAAAGCUUUGGAGUAUGAAGUCAUUGCUACGGAAUGGAAGGAUGCUGUGAAUGCAGUUUUAUGGAACGAGGAAGUGGGUGCCUGGUUGGACUUUGAUCUGCUGAAUCAAAAAAAACGAAACUAUUUUUACCCAACUAAUAUAUCACCCUUAUGGACGGGGUGUUACGACAGAAAUCGAACAGAUUAUUUUGUGACAAGGAUAUUAAAGUAUUUAAAAGAAAAUGAAGUAUUGACGACUUCUGGGGGAGUACCAACGACUCUCAUGGAAACUGAUCAGCAGUGGGACCAAAGUAAUGCAUGGCCCCCACUGCAAUAUAUUAUGGUGAUGUCGUUGCAGAACACGGACAACGAAGAUGCAAAAGUUAUGGCGGCAAAAAUAGCUUCAAAAUGGCUAUGUACGAACUUCGUGGCCUACUAUGGAGACAAAAAGUACAAGAUGUAUGAAAAGUACCUAGUGAAUGGAGAUGGCAAAAAAGGAGAAAGUUCAGGAGAAUACGAAAUCCAGGACGGAUUUGGAUGGACGAAUGGGAUCGUUCUCGAAUUUUUACAAUUAUACAAAUCUACAGCCUCAACAGAAGAAUGGAAGAUAACGGCAAAUAGCUGUUAUAAAGAAUACGAGAAACUGAUAAUUUAA